CCCGCUCUUUUCCAUUACCAAGUCAGUCCGUGUCCCUGUGUUAUUUAAAGCCAGAGAUCCUCCCUCUCGCCGAGCCACUGUGUUGCAUCUGUCUGCGCGCGCGGUUCGUGUGUCUGGGUGUGUGUGCGCGCGCGCGCAGAGAGUGCGCUAAAAACCCGGGCAUCCAGCUGGAGAGCGACAGAGCCGGGGACGCAGAAAGGCGCGAGGCAUAUGAGAAGGAAGAGGAAGCGGGACUGGGAGACAGCUAUGAAAUUCAUCCAAGCUAUUGGCUUACUGCUUCUGUGUCCAGCUUUCAGCCUCAACACCAGACACAGCUACGAUGGGCUGGACAAGAAACUGAAGGAAGUUUUCAACGAACGCAGCGGCAUUCUACAUCAGCUCUCGAAGACAUCAAAAGAACUGAACAGCUUAAAAGGCAACCUUCAGUCUCUGAAAAGUGAUGACUCUGUAACCAAAAAGGACGUGCAGAGGAUUCUGGAGUUGAGUCACAAACAGAGAGAGGAGAUGAAGUCCCUCCAGGCAGCCCUGCAGAAGCAGCUGGAUGAGGCAAAUGAAAGAGCUGAGAAGCAGCAGGCUACGAUUAAAUUUCUAAAAGUGGAGAUGGAGAAAAAAACCAAAAUCAUCAAGGAUUUACAGCAAGAAAACAAGAGCUUGAAAAAUAAGCUUCUCUCCGGAAACAAACUUUGUGACACCUAUGCUGAGGAGUCCAAAAAAAUCCAGGCUCAACUGAAGGAACUGCGGUACGGGAAGAAGGAUUUAAUUUUUAAGGGACAGCAGCUGCUGGACUUGGAGCACAAGCUCACUAUGGCCAAGGAGGAACUGGAAAAGACCGCACUCGACAAGGAGUCUCAGCUAAAGGCGCUGAAGGACACCGUUCACAUCUGCUUCUCAGCCGUCCUGCACAACCAGCCCGGCAGCAGCCACCGAUUCCCCACCUCCCCCACCCACUUGUUCAGAUACUCAUCGCUCAUCAACAGCUCCAGAGUCACCUUUCAACAGCCUCACGCCAAGGAUAUCUCUAGAGUUCAGAGAAUGGUCACAGUCAGUAAAUCACCCAUGAACACCGAAGUAAUGAGGAGAGAGAGCAGCGGAGUCAAAGAGAGCCAGAUGGAAAAGACUGCAGGUGAAUGCUUCCAGAAUCAGACAGCAGAAUCUGUUCAAGACAGCAAAAAGCAACCAGAGGUCCAACAGCAAAGGAGCCAAGUGCAGCCUGGAAAAUUCAACACAAAGCUCACAGACGACAGUGGGGAGGCAGCAGGAGGCGGCAUCAAAAAGACAAAGCCACAUAAACACGACUGAGCGGAUGGCAUGUCAUCGGAAAGCCGAGCUCCUACAUCGCCUGGAGGAUCUUUCUAAGAGCACACACACUUGCGCACUCUCGGAAGAAGCGUGCACCCACACGCAUUGACACACACUUUUAAUGCACACACGGCUAGACAUAUGCAUAUCAGCAUUGUUAGCGGAAGCUGAGAUACUGGAAAUGUCAACAAAUUUCAAACUGUCAUCUAAAGAUCUGCAUAGAAAAUGGCAUGCGUUUAGAAAUUUUUUUCAAAGGUAGCAAUGGCACUGGUAACUUGUUUCAUGAUUGUUUAUUUGUUGUUUACUUCCCUGACUUUUUCUGAGUCAGGACACUGCUUUCUAAAUGUUUGAUCUUUCUAGAAAAAAAUCCCUUUGCACUGGUGAGGUCUGACACUGUUUCUUGUAAUUAGUGUAUUGAUUGACAAAUGAAAAAGUACUAUUACUAUUCCCCCCCCUCCCCCCAUCAGUACCUUACUACAACCACCACUACUACCCAGCUUAGACUAUUCUUUGUCACUCAUUGUAGCAAGGUUAAUUUACUCCUCCACACUUUGAAAUAUAGAGGCUCAAGUUGGCUGGCCAACUGUUCAACAUUUAAUAUUUCAUCAGUCUUUCUGCCUUUAACACUCUGGAGGCAAAGAGCCAAAGACUCACAAUGGGUCGUCUCCCCAAGAAUGUGCCAUGCACUGAGUAGUAACUCCUAGCUACAUGUAUCCGUGUUCUCUGACCUUCCUGUGUCCUUUCAAUAAAAUUGUAAUUUUCAGUAAAUGUGUAAAAGAAUAAAUGGUUCUUUGUGGGAAAGAAAUGA